AUGAGUGAACCAAUCAAAACACAGAGUGUUCUGGACACUGCACAUAUAGCGCCAGAAAUAUUCGAGCUGCGCCCAGAUUAUCGAGCCCUCCUAGUACAAGCCGAGGGCAUCCCUCCAGGGCCCAGCGAUGCGGUCAGUGAGGCCAUGUUGAGGGAAGCAGAGGAACACGUCAAGACCCUCACGUCAACCAAAUCUGUCAUUGAGCUUCCCCAUAUCGCAGCUUGGCGAGAAGCUUACAAGGCUUUCGGCGCCAAGCCCCAGCGCACCCGCAAUAGCCUGGAAGCCCUGACACUUCGUGUCGACAAGGGCGGCCUACCGCGCGUUAACCGAUUGACGGAUAUUUACAACGCCAUUUCUGUCAAGCAUCAGAUCCCUUUUGGUGGCGAGGAUCUGGACAAGUAUGAUGGAGCGCCCUUCUUGAUCCGCGCCACUGGCAAGGAAGAAUUUCACACUUCGGCUGGUGGACAGCCCUCGACAGAGGUAGUAGCCCCUGGGGAACCUAUCUGGUGUGAUAGUACUGGCAUUACUUGUCGUAGAUGGAAUUGGCGACAAGGUCCACGCACUGCGCUAACGGACGAGACUACCCGUGUCCUCUUUAUUCUGGAUGCUCUUAAGCCACUGUCAGACGAAGAGCUUCUUAAAUCUGCCGAGGAACUUUGUAGUGCCCUUAAAGCACUGUCGCCGGCAGUGAAGACAUCUUAUCGAGUUCUCAGUGGUCCUGCAUAG